UCUCUAUUUUGAUCCUGGGCGUCCAGACGUCUGGCGUCUGGUUCGCCCCGUUUUCGCUGGCUGUGCUCGGUCUUUUCCUCCUCAGUAAAAGUUUGUCUUGCACACAUUUAAGUAUAUUAAAUGUACUUUAGUGUAAACGGCGAAAAAUAAAUAAUUACUAUGUUACAAAACCUAAAUUUGUCAUGUUAUAUCAGUUUGAAAUCGUGGGCCAUUUUAAUGGCUUUCAAAAAUCUGCUUCUUGGUAUAGCUAUAAUCGUAGGUGGAAGUAUCUGGUUGACAAACAGCAAAGUUCUCGACACAUUUGAAACAUAUUUUGCCUGUGGAGUAUUCAUAGGAAUAAUAAAUAUUAUUGCAGGAUGCAUCAUGAUUGCUGCUCUACUCACGGGCAAAGAAAAAAUUGUUCUUCUUUAUAUCCUAUUAGAGUUUGUCAUCCUCUUUACCUUAACAAUAUUUACAGCGAUGAACAACCUUAAUCCGGAAAUAUCAAUAGUUUUUAUACUUGUGUUUAUUUUAUGUCUCUCUUUGUGGAUUGGAUUAUAUAACGUGUACAGGUUUUAUAUUGAAUUGCAAAUUUACAAUAGCAGCUCAGUGGAAGCGAGAGUGGAUGAAAUAACUUGCCAAAUGCCCCCUAAUUAUUUGGCUUCUUUUCCAGAAAAAGCUGUCGAUACAACUACUGUAUGAAUAAUUAACAUAUUUUAAGUAAUAUAUCUAAUUCGCCUGCCGGCUUUGCAGUGAGUGUAGUUCACUUACAUGUUAAACCGACUGUAAUUAUUUUGCUCGUAAAUUGUUUCAAAAAAUUAUUUAAUUACAUUUAUUGGUGUGAGGCAACUUUAUGUUUGCUGUAUCAAAUAUUACGGCAAUACAUAUUUUUGUCACGUAUAAAGUACUUUUAAUCAGGAUCGUUUAGAAUGUUUAGAUGAAUAUAAAGAAGUUUGUUAAUUGGGCCCAUUUCAUAUUUUAUUACUUUUAAAAGUAUUAAAAUUGGGAGUGCUGAGCUGGCAAUAAACGAUAAUAAUAUGCCUGUA